AUGGGUGCUAAUGACCGUGGGAAAACCUACAUUACGGUCAGUGCGGUGCUCGUCGCGCUGUCCACGGUUGUUGUUGGUUUUCGGAUCGUGGCGAGAUGGAUGAGAACCACUUUGGGGUUAGAUGACUAUGUCAUCUGUGUGUCGAUUAUUCUUGCUUAUAGCAUGCUGGGAGAAGCUGUUUUUUGGGCCCGGGAUGGCGGGCUAGGAAAACACAUGGACGAGCUAAGUAUUCAGGAGAAGACUACCUUCCAAAAGGCGAGUAUUGACAGACAUCCAAUUUGUUUCUUCGCCAACGAAAUCUCAUAUACCCUCCUCGUCCCCUCCAUCAAAAUCUCAAUCCUCCUACUCUAUCGCCGAAUCUUCACCGUUCGCAACUUUCGAAUCGCGAGCCUCAUCACCGGCGGUCUAGUCAUAUCAUGGUGUCUCGCUGUCUUUAUCACCGUCCUUCUUCAAUGUCGCCCAAUUGCCCUGAACUGGAACAAGACCUUAGAAGGAACGUGCAUCGACCCGAAACAGUUCUUUUUCGGCAAUGCGAUAUCCAAUCUCCUCAUAGAUGUGGUUAUCCUCGCUUUACCGAUUCCGAUGGUUCUACAGCUUCAAUUACGGUUGUCGCAGAAGCUGACUGUUCUGGGUAUAUUCCUUCUUGGUGGAUUUGUCUGUGUCGCGAGUGUUAUGCGAGUCGUUACUCUCGAUAUCUUCGAAACCAUGGAUACAUCAUACUCCGUGAUGGAAGCCGCAACCUGGACCUUCGUCGAACCCUGCGUCGGAAUCAUCUGCGCUUGUUUACCGACCCUUCGGCCGCUUCUACGGACACUAUGCUGCUCCUUCUCGUGGAGUACGGACCAUUCCGAUGGUCCACCGGCAAAUUAUAGGAUGCAUAGAAUAUCCAGUGCCGCGAAGAAUGAUUCAGGCGGCAGGAGCGACAGGGAAUGGGGCAAUAAGCGAUUUGGGGACGAGUUAGCGUUAAUGGGUGGGGGUACAAAAGUAACUGUCAAUGGGGAUGAUGCUUCCUAG